GUUCCAGGCGGAGUCAGCGUUCAUGGUGUCCAGAGGGAUGGUGCGCGAGGCUCACGGCAGCCUGGAGGUUCUGCAGGUCCGUCUGAAAGAGGUCCGAGACCGCCUGGACCGGGUCUCCAGAGAAGAGGCUCACUACCUGGAGCUCGCCACGCAGGAGCACAGACUGCUGCAGGAGGAGCGCCGUCUCCGCACGGCGUACGAGAACGCAGAGGGGUCGGAGCGGGAAAAGUUCUCCUUGUUCUCUGCGGGCGUUCGGGCGAGUCACGAGAAGGAGAGAACGAGAGCGGAGAGAACCAAGAACUGGUCCAUCAUCGGGUCGGUGCUCGGAGCGCUGAUCGGGGUCAUGGGGUCAACGUACGUCAACAGAGUCCGCCUGCAGGAGCUGAAGAACCUGCUGCUGGAGGCUCAGAAAGGUCCGGAGAGUCUUCAGGAAGCUCUCAAAGUCCAGGCAGGAAAUCACCGCCUGCAGCAGAACGAGUUUCGCUCGCUCAUCGACAGCCUGAGACUCGCUCUGAGCGAGGCUUUCUCUCCGCGGGACGUCGUCCUCCUGCAGGACAACAAACGCACGACAUCAGAUCCUCCCUCCGUGCCUCUCUCCGCCCUGAAGGAGCUCCACAUCAGCAGCAAGAGGACAGAGACACUGCUGGAGAAGCUGCUGCCUCAACUGGGGAACAUGGAGGAAGGGGUGGGGAGGAUGGAGGGGGGGAUGAUGGUGGUGAAGAAGCUCCUGGAGGACAAACACACUGAGACACACACCAAACCACAGACUGAACCACAGACCACACCACAGACCAAACCACAGACCACACCACAGCCGCUGCUAGAAACAAGAAAGGAAACGGAGAGAAAGGACCGAUGGGAGUCUGAGGUGCUGGUGAGGCGUCUGGAGGAGACUCAGAGAACUCUGGGAGAACGGAUCAGGACAAAUAAUGUUUAUAACGCCGUGUUUACGUUCAGCGCCACCGCCAUCACCGUGUCGGCCGUCUACCUGCUGCUCAGAGGGAACGCUUAGAGGCGCUCACAUGCACCGGGACCAGUUAUAUCGGAGGAUUGACUUUGUAUUGGCAUUGAGUGUCAAACAUUGUCACCGCAUAUUGUACAUUGCAUCUUCACACGAAGGACAUACACCUGUUCAUAGUUCUUUCCAGCAAUGACACAUCAUGACACAGAAAACACAGAUGAGAAAUACAUACAGAGAACACAUGAAGAUCAAAUAAAAGAACAGUGAACAAUUAGGGAGUGGACAUGUCUUUACAACCGAGUCCUCUUCUCCCAGUUUGUAGUAAAAGAUCAGAAAGUUCAAUAAGUAUUUCUCAACCAUGUCUGUGGCAAAUUCCCAAAGUAUAAAAUCUUUAGAGCUAUUAUGUCUUUGAAAAUGUCUUCUAAGGCUGUAUGAUAGGAUUUGAUGUCAGAUUGAGUAUGAAAUGUCUCGUAUCACAACAUUUUAGUUUCCAAACCACGCUGUAACGCUGCAUCACUUCACACAGCACAAAACAUUUAAAAGCAACACAUGUGUAGAGCGCUAGAUAAAACGUGAAGUGAAAGUAUUCCAACACAUCCGAAAAAUAAGUAAUCCAGUUAAAGUCAAAACAGCUCCAACAGAUACACUGAGAAAGAUCCUGGGUCAAUAUAUCAACACAUAUCAACUCAAGGAACAAGGAAACAGACAUUUAUUAUUACAUUACAACCACUGUCAGACCCUUUGAGAGAGGUGGGACAUGCACUGGGACUCAUUAUACCAUACCAUGAUACUUUAUUGUCAGAUCAAGUAUGAAAUGUCUCUCGCAUCACAGCAGCUCCAUUUGCAAUAUCAACAAGGACACAUGAACACAAGGAACAAGGAAACAGACAUUUAACAGAUCAUUACAACCACUAAAGACAACAUGUUGAAGACCCUUCAACGUACGUUUGAUCUGAGAUUAAACUCCAAAUUUAAUUUUAGGGUCGACAGGUGCACAGAAUAAAUGAGUACUCGUGUUGUCUCAAUUCAGACACUUCUCUAGCUACUCUGUAUGUCGUAGACUGAACACUUGUCCUCACAGGAAGUGACCAUGGCUGCUAUUAGCUAGCUAGUUAGCAUCGUCAGGGAUCCAAAUCAUUACAGACCUCUUAAUCAACCCAGAAAAUUAUUGGUGGUUUUUUUACGAGUCUAGUGCAGUGUACAUUUGUUAUAUAGUGAAAACACACUAAUACGUUUUAUUUCCACUUCUGUUGCGUAUCAAAUAUUGCGCCCGUUGCGUGUUAGAAGUGUCCAGCGUUCAACAUUUUUGACCGUUAUGAGAGCUUCUUCAGGUACUCAAGAGCACUGACUUUUGCCAAACUUUGGAUUUGAAUGCAUUCAAAACAAAAGAAAGCUAAUUGGGACGAUUGAGUGAUUAGAUUUCUGUAAUGAUCUGAUUACAGGUGUUUCUCUGCUGCUGCUGUUUGCGGCACUUCUCAUUGCCUCUACAUAUUCGAUCUCAAGAUGAAUUGUAAGCUAACAGGACUUUAGUGCUAAUUCAAGCUGUGCUGCAUUCAAUUACAGAGUCUCCUCCUAACGUUAGGAGAAUACAAACCUUCACGUAGCAGCUUUCAACACCAGAACUGCCUUUAGCUAUGCUCACGUGAACUAGAUGAAAGUGAGCAUAAUAUACAAAUAAAACCUGAAGUUACAUCAUUAACUCGCCCUAAAGUAAAUCACGGUGUAUUUCCUCUGCUUAGUUUGGGACCACAGGUAACGUUAUUUCUCCAACGAGACGUUAUCAGACACUUGGACAAACAUCCCGUUAUGACUCGUCUGUCAGCGUAAACAAAUUAAAAAAGUAUUAUUCCAGAGUGAAAACGUAGAAAAAGGUGAUAUAGGAUUUGCCGAUUUUAACCUCCAGUACUUGAAUGUGUUUUCAUGAUGAUGAUGAUGAUCACUGUGCAUUAAUGUGCUUUAUUGUUUCUUUAAUAAAGGACCAAUCA